GGCUGGGUGAAGCAGCUCUUUCUGGUAGCUUCGGGUCGCUCUGCGGCUCUGGAAGCACCAGCCCUUUUUCUUUUGCAGGGUAACCCGACUGAAAGGCCGAUUCCGUAGCUGAAGGCGUUGCAACAGCUGCUGGCCAGCGGCAGAUCGCAGCAGCUCAUCAAAGCGGAAAUCUCAACUUGAAUUCGGUGCAGCUGAUUGUUAGAGCUGGUCUUGAUGUCCUGAGCUCCAGGAUCUGUGAGCCCCUGUGGACCGAGAUCUACCGUACCCCAGAGGCCAGCUUUCUCCUGGGAGGACACAGGUUGCAGAGGCUGGAAAUAUAGGCUCACUCCAGCGUCCUAGCUGCCCCUACUGAGAUUGGAGACUGCCGCGUGACUGAAGAUAACUUCCUGUGCAUCACAUAUUAAGAUAUCCUAUCGCCGUUGUCAGCCAUGACUAGCAUCCUUUCACGUUUGGCUAACAGCCGGGGGCAGAACCCACCCUUGCCCCCUUGGGCUCAUACCAUGAUGAGGUCCCUGGGCAGGAGUCUCGGUCCGUUAAUGGCCAGCAUGGCAGAGAGAAACAUGAGGAUGUUCUCUGGGAGGGUAGAGCUAACCCAGGGGGAAGAAACCUUUGAAAACUGGCUGAGCCAAGUCACUGGGGUCCUGCCUGAUUGGCAUAUGUCUGAGCAGGAAAAGGUCAGGCGCCUGAUGAAAACCCUUAGGGGCCCUGCCCGGGAGGUCAUGCGUUUGCUCCAUGCUUCCAACCCCGGCCUAAAUGUGGCAGAAUUUUUGCGGGUAAUGAAACUGGUGUUUGGGGAGUCUGAGAGCAGUGUGAUAGCCCAUGGUAAAUUUUUUAACAUGGUUCAGACACUUGAAGAGAAAACAUCGCUGUAUGUGAUCCGUUUGGAGUCGCAGUUGCAGAGUGCUAUCCAGGCAGGGGUCUUUGCUGAGGAGGAGGCAAACAAGGCACGCCUGCACCAGCUCCUGGUAGGGGCUGAGCUCAGUAGAGACCUUCGACUCAGGCUUAAGGGGCUUCUCAGGAUGUAUGCAAAUGAGCCAGAGAGCCUUCCCGAUUUCCUGGAGCUAAUCAGGAUGAUAAGGGAGGAGGAGGAUUGGGAGGACACUUUUAUUAAACAGAAGCGGCCCAGAAGAUCUGAGCCAAUGAUGGAGAGGGCACUCAGUCCAGUGACAUUUCAGCCCCCCCCACCAAUAAUGAUCAACAAUACUGACUGCGAUGUGAUAGAGAUAAAUGACUCUCCGGAUGAUUCAGAUGACGAUGUAAUCUUGGUGGAGCCCGAGGACCCACCACUGCCAUACUCAAGUGCCGCCCCCGUCCUAGGCAGGGCUAUAUCCGAGGACCAAGUGCUGGUCAUUGAGUCCCCCCACAUUCCUGAGAUUCAGUCUCCUUCCACCAGCAGUGGUUCUGGGCGUCCGAAUAAUAGUUUGGGGGAGCUGCGUAGAAGCAGGAAGCGGAGACUUGCAGGUCACUGCCCCGUUUGUGGAGAGGAGGGUCACUCCAAAGAAACGUGUGAGGCCGAAAAAGCCCAGUUUAAUGAGAAUCUGAUCGUCACCAUGCAGGAGAUGUCCCACCCUGAGGAACCGAGGGCAAGAGAGGCCAUUUUUGGACCCUUUUUCUUCUGUGAACCACAGUAAGAUGCUCUCCUCCAGCCUCGAAUUAACCCUUACCUGUAUUCAGAGUUCAUUGACGGAGAAGUUGGGGGAACAGACUUGUAAAUGCAUGAGGAAACCCACAAAGUGGUUUUCUUUUGCGGGUAGGGAAAGGGUCUUCAAGACCAGGACAGUAGAGAGAAAUGGCCUGAUCCAUGUGUGGCCGCGCUCCCUUUCCCCACUGCCUGAAUCUACUUUCUGUGUGCACCCAUCCCCCUGGUGAACUUAUUCUCUUUGUGAAAGUGCUAUUGUCCUCUGUUCAAUCUUCAAGUAAGAAAGAAAGCUAUUUAACAAAGUAAAAAUUACCCAGAACUCUCUACCCUGUGUACCAAUUAUCAGCGCUUUGGUGACUAUCCUGCUAAAUACUUCUCUGUACCUAUGUUUCUAGAUAGGUAUGUGUAUAGACAAAAGUGAUCGAAUAGAAGUGUUGUUCUAUAUGCUGUAUUUUUUCACCAAAAUGUAUGUUGUGGCCUUCUUUGUCAAUAAAUAUGCACACAUGUGUCAGCAUCUA